GCCAAGUCACAGUGCCACGUCAGCAGUGCCAGAUCAGCAGUGCCACGACAGCAGUGCCACGUCAGCAGUGACGUCCGACACAGUGCCACGUAAGCAGUGCCACAUCAGCAGUGACCCGCCACCAUGACAGGCUCACUUCUGGGCAUGACAGGCCAACUGGCAAAUGAAUCCAUUGCCGAAUACCGACAGCGGUUCGAAGCUCAGCUCGCACUAAUCGCGGCUGAGGAGCAACGCCAGCUGGCAGCCAAGGCUGCCCAGCUACAGGCUGACGAAGCGGCAGCAGCAGAGAAGCUGCGGCUACAGGCCGAAGCAGACGCAGAUACCCAGGCUCGCCGCAAGGAAGCCCAGGAUAUGCUGCAGCGGCAUGAAGCCACCAGCAUCGACAGACUCAAGUUCUGGCACUUUCAACCGAACGGCGACAAUCCAACACCAGAAGAGAAGCACAAUGAGUUCCUCUCCAAACUCGUGACGCGGUUGCUGUAUGCUUGCAACUACCAACGGUCAGAGUUGGAGAGACAGUACCAUGACCUGACGCAACAGCAUCAGGAGUUGGCGACGCUCCGCCGCACAGUGCAGAGCCACGAGGAUGCAACUCGGGCACUCAAUGCCCGAUUGCUGGACCUGGAACAGGCUGUACCAGGACCAACUGCUGGGGCUUCCAGCAGUGCACCCUCUAGCCGCCAACUGGAGGAACGCGUUGACCACAUCCUGGCAAUGCUCGGCGACAUUAACACCUUCGCUGCGCCGUCCACCAUCAGCACUCAGCUGCAUACCUUAAAGACCGAGGUCCAACAGCUGCAGUCGACGAACGCAGAUGGCAAUCAGAAGAUGCCAACUUUCCAACUAGAAAAGUUCGACGACUACACGCAGCAGGAUCCGACCCUCUCGUGGAAGGCAUUCACGACGCAACUCAGGAUUCUGCCUGUCGCUAAGCACAAGUACAUCGGCGCCCUGUUCCUGAACUCAAAGGGCGGAUGCCAGACCUGGUUGACCCACCUGGCAACCUCCCACGGAGUCGACGUACCGGACCUCAAGGACAAGAUCACAUGGGAAGAACUGACACGGCUGUGGAAGAAGCGGUUCAUCGUCGACGACGCGCCAGCACUUGCCAUCAACCGACUGUUCGCCAUGUCACAGGGCAACACAGCAACACGGGACUGGCUCACGGAGUGGCAGAAGAUUGCRGYUGUGCCCAAUCURAACUUACCAUUCGAGCAUYUACGCCGURAGUUCUACAACAGGUCCUGURCUGCAUUGAGCCAGGCUCUUGGUGAUCGCGAGCAGUACUCAACCUUUGCUGAAAUUAUUGACAAAGCAAGGGAGAUCAUCAAGACCAACAGGUCAGCUGCACACGAGAAAUCAACAUCAUGGCAGCCGACCUAUGUGGAGAAGGUACGAACUGGUCCGCGACAGCAGCACUUCGCUGCAGUCCAACAGGACAGUGGAGAUAACCCAACAGCCACUCCAGCAUCAAGUGACGGAGAUCAGGUGGCUGCUGUCCAGCCGCGAAGCACCAACAAGUCCCGCAACAAUGGGAAGGCGAAAUCCGCAUCGCAGACCGAAAAUGGACAGCCAGGACAGUUUCCAUGGGUCAAGUUUGGCUUGACCGAGGCGGAGUACAAGCUCGGGAAACUGAGCUCCGCGGAAGGUGAGGCGACUCCACCUUCUACUCCGCCAGAUUCGACCGCCUUGCUAGCGGCCUCCUGCACAUCUGGGGAGGAUGCGAAUGUCGCAAGUCCUCGGUAUACUUACGAGGACUAUGCUGUCCACUUGGUCCCACCGUUGGACCAGCCGCUCCACGUGCAACAGUCCACCGCAUGCACGGUUUCAUCACCAUCGGCAACCGAUUCGGCACCUUCGCCGCAAUCUAUCGCCGGGGAUUCGACGUCAUGGUCAAGACUUGAUGAGCUCGACCCGUUGACGUUCACGGACUUCCAGUGGAUGCCCGUUCCCUCGACCGAACGAUUGUCGAAACCGCAUUGCAACGUGCUUAUGGCACAAUUGCGGGACUACUUGCACACUGCAGUACCAGCUCCGUUGAUGGACGGCGGAGUAGAGGUUGUCAACCUUCACGAGUACAUCGCGAAGAUUGACCGCGAGUUCAAGACCCAACGGUACGAUGACAUCGACGCACCAUUGCUAUACAUACGCAUUCAGAUCGGAGAGGCGACCUGCAGUGCCUUGAUCGAUUGCGGAGCAUCUCGAAACUACAUCAGCCAGGACUUCAUGGUACGCGCCGGCCUUGGCCCACGUGUCCGGAGGAAGUCCCAGCCUACGCAAGUCACUCUGGCAGACGGUCAUACGCACAAGUCCAUCGACCGGUGCAUUGACGUCGUCCCAGUGUACUUUGCCCCUCACACAAGUGAGGCGGUGUCCUUUGACAUUCUGGACACCAAAUUCGACAUGAUCUUGGGCAUGUCAUGGCUGCGAAGCAAGGAUCACCCAAUGAACUUUUUCAACCGCACCGUUCACGUUCGUGAUCGGAACGGAGUAUUAGUUCCAUGCACGGUGCCUCUUCCUCACCCUUCGAUCAGCUGCCACGUGGUAUCCGCCGCAAGCACGCGAGUUUCCAUCAUCAGAGACGACAUCGAGGAGAUGGGGGUGUGUUUUCUCCGUGCCCUCCCGCCACAUGACGCUUCAUCGGCGGACUCACCUUCGGAUCCACGCAUCACCGAACUUCUCGACGCCUACAGCGACGUGUUCAAAGGCCCGCACGGAGUAGUACCGGAUCGACCCAUCCGCCACGAGAUCAUCCUCGAGGACGGGGCCGUACCUCCGCGCGGCUGCAUCUACCGAAUGAGCGAGGAAGAGUUAAGUGUGCUCCGUGCACAACUCGCCGAUCUUCUAGAGAAAGGUUGGAUUCGGCCUAGCUCAUCGCCAUACGGUGCUCAUGUCCUCUUCGUCCGGAAAAAGAACAAGGACCUGCGGUUGUGCAUCAAUUAUCGCAAGCUCAACGCGCAGACGAUCAGGAACGCCGGCCCUCUCCCACGCAUCGACGACCUUCUCGAGCAAUUGGGCGGCGCCCAGUUCUUCUCUAAGCUGGACCUCAAGUCAGGGUACCACCAACUCGAGAUUCGCAAGGAGGAUCGCUACAAGACCGCGUUUAAGACACGGUAUGGGCAUUUCGAAUGGCUGGUCAUGCCGUUUGGCCUUACGAAUGCCCCAGCCACUUUCCAAGCGGCUAUGACAACGGAGUUCCGACACAUGCUGGAUCGGUUUGUACUCAUCUACCUCGACGACAUCUUGGUGUAUAGUCGGAGUUUGGAUGAGCAUGUGGAACACCUGCGCACCGUUUUGGAGCGGCUACGACAAGCCAAGUACAAAGCAAAUCGCGACAAGUGCGAGUUCGCACAGCAGGAGCUGGAAUACUUGGGAAACUAUGUGAUGCCGCAAGGCAUCCGUCCGCUUGCGGACAAGAUCGAGGCCCUACGAGUAUGGCCCGAGCCCACCAACACCACGGACGUUCGUUCAUUCAUGGGAUUGGCGGGCUACUAUCAGCGAUUCAUCACCGGAUACUCCAUGAUUGUUGCACCUAUGACGAGGUUACAGUCGCCAAAGGUGCCAUUCGUAUUCGAUGAUGCCGCACGCCGAUCAUUCCAAGCACUUAAGACGGCUAUGCUCAUGGCACCCGUCCUUAGCAUCUAUGACCCCACCCUGCCGACGCGAGUGACUACGGACGCUUCCGGCUAUGGCAUUGGGGCAGUCUUKGAACAGCACGACGGCGAUGACUGGCACCCUGUGGAGUAUUUCAGCCACAAAGUGCCUCCCAUCAACUCGCUUGAUGAUGCAAGGAAGAAGGAGCUGCUCGCAUUCGUCAUGGCUCUCAAGCGAUGGCGGCACUUCCUCCUUAGGCGUCGUAGGUUCACAAGGGUCACGGACAACAAUCCAUUGACUUACUACAAGACGCAGGAUACGGUGAGCAGCACGAUCAGACGAUGGAUGUACUUCAUCGACCAAUUUGACUUCACACCGAAACAUCUGCCCGGCCUCUCAAAUCGCGCAGCAGAUGCACUCUCGCGAAGACCCGAUCUUUGCGCUAUGACACAUCAUGCCUUCGCAUUCGACGAGUUGCUUCAGCGACACUUCAUCCGGGCAUAUCAGUCUGAUCCGGACUUCGGCACGCUCUAUGCACAGCUAUCUUCGGAUCACCCGCCGGCCAGCCAUUACCGCAUUGCCGACGGGUACUUGCUCCUCCACUCGAGAGGCAAGGACUUACUAUGUGUCCCACGCGACCGUCGUCUUCRGACUCGCCUCCUUGGCGAGWAUCAUGAUUCACGACUCGCCGGCCAUUUCGGAGUCAACCGCACUAUUGCACGGCUUCGACAGCGAUUCCGAUGGCCCGACCUCAUUACCGAUGUCACUCGGUAUUGCGACUCUUGCGAAGUUUGCCGACGCAGCAAGCCCCGCAACCGCAAUCCCUACGGCGAGUUACACCCGAUGCCUAUCCCACGGGAACCCGGUCUCUCCAUUGCCAUGGACGUCACCGGUCCGUUUCCUCGCGACCGGAUCGGGCACGACGGCAUCCUCACGGUUGUGGACCGAUUGACGUUCCCUGUAUAUGCUUAGAAGUAGUGUUAGGUAUGUAGUGAGAGCUGAAACUGGGAGAAAAAGAACAUAGCUUAGCGUUGAAAAAAAAAAAAAAAAAAAAAAACGAAGAAGAAGAAGACAGAGAACCAGUGGGAUCUAGCACUAGGUCGCCAAAUGCAACAACGUCGAAAAAACUCAGACCACCUCUCCAAGUGCCCGCACCUGGUUGUCAAACUGAUCAGGUUCAUGCUAGCUCAGCACAGACAUAGAUUUAGUGGGAUCUGGCCCUAAGUCAACAAAUCUGCAAUAGGUUC